UUAUCAUUAUCAAUCUUGCUUCACAAUGUUCAAGAGUGCAUUAUUAGUUGGGCUUUUCGUCCUUUCCGUCGGUGCUAUUGACGAGAAGAAACAAUCCAAGAGAGGUCUCGCCGGAUCCCUCGGAACUUACGGUGGGUAUGGAACUGGAUUAGGAGGUUACGAACUCGGAGCAGGAUCUUUGGGAGGAGUCGGUCUUGGUGGAUAUGGUCUGGGAGGAGUCGGCUUUAGUGGAGUCGGUCUUGGUGGAUCUGGUCUCGGUUAUGCCUCUGGUCUCGGCUACGGUGCAGGCGCUGUUGGCGUCGGUACCGCUGGAUUCGGCCUCGGUUCAGCUGGACUCGGCUACAGUGGAGUUGGCCUCGGCUAUGGUGGAGUUGGACUCGGCUACGGUGGAGUUGGAGUCGGCUACGGUGGAGUUGGAGUCGGAGCUGUCUCAACUGUCGCAGCACCAGCCACCGUCCACCACAGACAGGAAACAGUUGCUGUACCAGUGCCCCAACCCGUGCCAGUCACCGUCACGAGAACUCAACCCGUGCCAGUACCCCAACCCGUGCCCGUCGACGUCCCUAGACCCGUCCAAGUCCCCGUCGCUCACCCCGUACCCGUAAGCGUACCCAGGCCUUACCCAGUCACCGUCACCCGCCCGUACCCUGUUCCAGUCACUCAUCAAGUCCCUGUCCCUGUACCUCAACCCUACCCUGUAUCCGUUCCCCAACCCUACCCCGUUACUGUCACCAGGAAAGUACCUUAUUCCGUACCCGUUCCUCACGUUGUUCCCGUUCCUACCAAAGUCGUCCAUCCCACACCUGUUGUUCACGCAGCUCCUGUUGUUCACGCCGCCCCAGUACUCGCCGGUGGCGUCGGGUUAUCCUCUUAUGGAACUGGACUUAGCGGAGGAAGCUUGGGCUUUGGAUCGGUUGGUCAUUCGUUCGGUCAUUCCCUUGGCUCUUACGGUCUUGGAAGUUCCUACGGAUUAGGUCACCCGUGGUCAAACGAUGAUCACAUCGCUGUAUUCGUGGGACUGUUUGUUUUGUGCGUGAGUGGAGCUGAGGAGAAGAAGAAACGUGGUCUUGUCAGUUCUCUAGGCGACUUCGGAGGCUAUGGCUCAGGAUUAGCGACACACGGUGCGGGAUUUGGAGGUUACGGUUUAGGAUUUGGAGGCUAUGGUUCCGGAUUGGGAGGUUACCAUGGCUUAGGAUUAACAAGCUAUGGUUCAGCGUUGGGAGGUUAUGGAUCUGGAUUUGGUGGUUACGGCCUUGGUGCCGGAAGUCUCGGAUAUGGAGGAGGCGUUCUUGUUGGAUCGGGUCUCGGCUACGCACGAACCGUUGGAUAUGGAGUCGGAUCGGUUGUUGGCCCGGCAGCUACCACUGUUAACCAUAGGCAAGAAACUUUCCCAGUUGUUGUACCUCACCCAGUCCCUGUCCCUGUAACUAGGACCCAACCCGUACCAGUCCCUCACCCGGUUCCUGUAGAUGUACCUAGACCUGUGAAAGUUUCUGUCCCUCAGCCUGUUCCCGUCGAUGUCCCUAAGCCUUAUCCCGUCACCGUUACUCGUCCCGUCCCUGUUCCUGUAACUCAUAAGGUCCCUGUUCCGGUCGAAAAACCCUACCCGGUGCCGGUCCCUCAGCCCUAUCCCGUGACCGUCACUAGGAAAGUACCCGUCUCUGUUCCGGUACCUCAUGUCGUCCCUGUGCCUCAACCUGUCGUACACCACACUCCAGUCGUCCAUCAUGCGCCAGUGCAUGCCGUCGUUGCUCACCCAGUGUCUGCUGUCGGAUUUGGGUCAUUCGGAGACACCGUAGGGUUCGGAUCUGUUGGAAACACACUCUCUCACUUCGGUGGUGUUGGACUGGGAGGACACGGAUUCACUGGUUCCCUUGGACAUUUUGGAUUAUCCGAACCGGCUUGGUAGAGAAGGAUUUUAAAUUCAUCUAUCUAUACUUCAUUGUAUAUACACAUCUCCAUAUUUGUUUUUAUCUUAUUAAUAAAGUUGUUUUCAUUAUAA